GUUCACUAUUAACUCUCUGAUCCCGUAUAGGCGUGAGGCUCGCUCUCUCCAUCUCUCAAGCACCGUGCGCUCGCACAGUCCCGCGCGAACGUAACACCCGCCGCCGUCCGUUCUUGCUCUCCCACCGAGAUUCACGUGUAACCCGCAGAAUACUUUUUCUCCCCGCCGGACAACAGGACGAGAGCUUCUCGCGACAGCGGUGACCCGUUACGGCGACACGGAACGCGAGCGACGGGGGAACAGAUGCAUGCGUGCGCCGCUCUGCCACCCCGGUUUCGUUGGGGACGUAGGCGAGCCAAGCUGUGAUGGGACAGCUGUGGGAGGUACGCGGGCUCUUCGUGGGCAUCCUCGCAGCCCUCGGUCUGCUCGUGGCUUCGACUCUGGCCAGAGGGAAUCGCGACGGGCUCUCGGCUCUGUCUGGAACGCUGCCCCGCUUCCUGCAGGAGCCUGAUGACGCGUACAUCGUCAAGAGCAACCCCAUCAAGCUCCAGUGCCGGGCCCGGCCCGCCCUGCAGAUCUUCUUCAAGUGCAACGGGGAGUGGGUUCACCAGAACCAGCACACCUCACUAGAGCACCUGGACCUGGUGACAGGUCUGAAGAUCCGUGAGGUGAUGAUCAACAUCUCUCGGCAGCAGGUAGAGGAUUUCCACGGCCCGGAGGACUUCUGGUGUCUGUGUGUGGCCUGGAGCCACCUGGGCACCUCCAAGAGCCGCAGAGCCACUGUGCGCAUUGCCUACCUGAGGAAGAACUUCGAAGAGGAGCCCCAGGGGAAAGAGGCGCCCAUCAAAGGCAUGGUGGUGCUCCACUGCCGCCCUCCGGAGGGAGUGCCCCAGGCUGAGGUGCAGUGGCUGAAGAACGAGGAGCCCAUCGGUUCCCGUGAUGAUGCCAACAUCGACACACGAGCCGGUCACAACCUGAUCAUCAAUGAGGCACGCCUCUCUGACUCUGGCAACUACACCUGCUUGGCCAGCAAUGUCGUUGCUAGGAGACGCAGUGCCUCGGCAACUGUUACCGUCUAUGUGAACGGAGGAUGGUCAUCCUGGACAGACUGGUCAGAGUGCAGCGUGCAGUGUGGGCGGGGCCUUCAGAGACGGUCACGCACAUGCACCAAUCCAGCGCCGCUCAACGGUGGGGCCUUCUGUGAGGGCGUGUCUGUGCAGAAGAGUGCCUGCUCCUCGCCUUGCCCUGUGGACGGUGGCUGGGCUACCUGGUCCGCGUGGUCCGUGUGCAGUGCGGAGUGUGAGAUGCAGCGAAGCAGAGACUGCACCGAACCUGAGCCCAAACACGGGGGCCGGCUGUGUGACGGGGUGGCCGUCGCCACUGGCAACUGCACGGGGGACCUGUGCAUUCAGGAUAAAAAACUCCUGCACAAUAUGAAGGUCCCUCAAGCUGAGAUGGAGAGCAAUAAUAAUGUAGCUCUAUAUUCUGGCUUGGCUGUGGGCGUGGUCACUGUGGUGGUGUUGGUCAUCGUGGUAACGCUGUACAGACGGAGUCAGAGCGAGUACGGCGUUGACGUCAUCGACUCCUCUGCCCUGACUGGAGGAUUCCAGUCCUUCAGCUUUAAGGGCAACAGGCAGGGUAACCCUCUGCUGAUGAACUCCUCCAUGCCUCCUGACCUUACCUUGUCCAGGUCCUAUGUCAGCCCCAUGUGUUUCCCACACACGCUGCACAAGGAGCCCAUCUCCCAACCCCCCCUAUUCCAGCCCCUCCCUGACGUCAAGGUCAAAGUUCACAACUCCUUCAUGGUGUCCCUGGGUGUCGCCCAGAGGGCAGAGUAUCACCACCAACCCCUGCCCCAGACCUUCCCCCGGGGUAUGAGCCAGGAUCUUGGUGUGAGAGGAGCCACGCUAGCCCCCCGGCUAGGGGUAGGCCCCGGGACACACGCAGCCCGACCCCUGGUCAGAGCCAGCGCUCUGUUCGGACAUGGAGGUGGACGACUGGUGGUGCCCAAUGCAGGUGUGAGUCUACUGGUUCCUCCUGGGUCGAUGGCAGAGGACACAAGCUGGGAAAUCUUUAUGAGCAUUAAUCAGGAAGAUACCUGCAGUGUGCUGUCGGAGCCCAGGGAGGUUCUGUUAGGGCCAGAGGUCACAUAUGGUCCUCCAGGGCUCGACCUCUCCUGUCCCGUCGCCAUGACAAUCGCCCAUUGUGCAGACGGGAGUGCAGACGACUGGAGUGUGAAACUGAAGAGGCGCACAAGGGAUGACUGCUGGGAGGAUGUGAUGUGUCUCGAGGAAGACAGUUCUUCCUGCUACUGCCUGCUGGAGUCUCGGUGCUGCCACCUGCUGGUGGACCGUCCAGGCUGCUACGCCCUGGUGGGUGAGCCUCUCAGUGAGAGGGCAGGAAAGAGGCUCCGUGUCGCUGCCUUUGGCUGCCUGCUGACCGACAACCUCACCUACAGCCUCCGGGUGUACUGCGUCGAUGACACACCCCACGCCCUUCAGGAGGUGCUGUGGUCGGAGCGCAGUCACGGCGGGCAUCUCCUGGAGGAAUCCGAGGUCCUCCUCUUCAGGAGCACCUCCUUCAGCCUGCAGAUCUCCAUCCAGGACAUCCCACCAUUCCUCUGGAGCAUCAAGCCCUUUGCCACCUGUCAGGAGUUCACCUUCUCUCAGGUCUGGUGCAGUAAUAAGUCUGUUCUGAAGUGUGCCUUCACCCUGGAGCGCUAUAGCCCCACGGCCAAUCAGCUCUCCUGUAAGAUCAUUGUUCGGCAGGUCAAAGGUCAGGAGCAGAUCCUGCAGGUCUACACCACUGUGGCUGAGAGCCAAAAAGAUGCAGUGCUGUCCUUGGCACAGCCGGACUGUACCAUCACCUCUCAGACGGGGGCCAGGGCUUUUAAAAUCCCACCGUCCAUACGGCAGAAGAUCUGUGCCACCUUUGACACAGCCAAUGCCAAGGCCAAAGACUGGCAGCUCCUGGCACAGUACCUGCACAUAGACCGGAACCUGGGCUACUUUGCGUGGCAGGCCAGCCCGUCUGCGGCGAUUCUGUGUCUGUGGGAGGUGCUGCAUCAGGACAUAGGGGAUCUGGACUCCCUGGCCAGUGCCCUGGAGGAGAUUGGCCGCGUCCACCGCUCCAGGCAGACCGUCAUGGCGCCUACCGGACCCCCAGAGCAGGCCGGGGGCGUGGCCGGUGAGGGUGGAGGCCCCACCCACCCUGAACGCACGGCCGGAACGCUCCCCCUCAGCCAUGGCAAACAGCCAGCUGACAUGGGCUCCCUGGACAUCAGUAAAGCCCCGCCCUCCCUGGAUAUCAAUAAUGCCCCGCCCUCUCUGGAGAGCUCAGAGAACUCACCCAGCUUUCUUAGUUUGGACCAGAGUAAGCACCGCCCCAUGGAGACCGCAGGGGGCAGCGUGACGCCAGACCACCCCAAACCCCCAGCUGCCAGCACAACCCUGGGCAUCGCUAAAGCCCCGCCCCCCAGUGCUCCCAUUGGCCACUACAGUGAUGACCUCGACUCAGACCACACCUAGGAUCCGUUACCCCGGCGAAAAGCAGCCAAUAGUGAUGCUUCCUGAAAGAAGAAGGGUAGCGAGAAGGGGCAGGUAAGGUGACAGUGUGCAGGGUUGCCAUGGGUUACCAGACAGCCCCGCCCACUCAGAUGGACAGUGGUUCCUUCCUCUUUUUGACUGCUAAAGGAAAUGGGUUUAAGAGCCUCAGUAGGAGGUGUGAACUCCCAGACACAAACCCCUAAGACGGUCGGUCUCCCAGACACACACCCCUGAGACGGUCCGUCUCCCAGACACACACCCCUGAGACGGUCGG